GAUCCAAGAAAAAGCUGGUUUCUUGUCAUGCUAAGAGGUCCGUCGCUUGCGCUCCGUGCAACACACAUGUCCGCUGGGAAUCCUGGGCAAGUGGCCACAGCUCUAAAGAGCGUUCUCGAAAGGGUAGAUAGCGCUGCACAGCGAUCCGGAAGGAAUUCUCAGCCGAGAUUAGUGGCCAUCAGCAAAACAAAGCCUGUGGAAGCGAUACAGGAGGCGUACGAUUCUGGCCACAGGAUAUUCGGGGAGAAUUAUGUUCAGGAAAUAGUGGACAAGGCUCCAAAGCUUCCAGAUGAUAUCAGGUGGCAUUUUGUAGGGCACUUACAGUCGAACAAAGCCAAGACAUUGCUAGACGGAGUGCCCAAUCUUGCACUGCUUGAGACUGUGGACACGGAAAAGCUGGCAAACAAGCUGGACAGCACACUACAGCAGCUGGGGCGGGCGCCCCUGCCUGUGUUAGUGCAGGUGAACACAAGUGGGGAGGAGAGCAAGUAUGGAGUGGAGCCGAGCGAGUGCACGGCGCUGGCGAGGCACAUAAGCGACAGGUGCAGCCACCUGCGAUUCGCCGGGCUGAUGACCAUUGGCCAGCCCGACUACUCCUCGCGCCCCGAGAAUUUCCAGUGUUUGGAGGCGUGCAGAGAUGAGGUCUGCAAGGAGCUGGGCCUAUCUCCUGCUGAUGUGGAGCUCAGCAUGGGCAUGUCUGGCGACUUUGAGCAAGCGAUUGAGAUGGGCAGCACAAAUGUGAGGGUUGGGUCCACCAUCUUUGGAGCGAGGGACUACUCCAAGAAGCAAUGACAAUGCCCAAAAUUUGUUCUGACAUGGCUGCAUUACUUGUUGGAAGGCAGUGUUGUUGUUGCUCAUCUUACAUGGUGGAAAGGCAAGAGAAAGCUUCCAUUAAGUGAUCGAUCAGGUUGCACCAGUGAAUCAGUGGCAGUGACAUGUCAAACAUACUGGAGCUUUUAACAAUGGCAAGUUAUAUGCAUGUAUGUCAUGGGCAGGGCUCGCAUGGGUAGGGCUCGCAAGAGCAGAGGCACCCGCGGGGCAACAAGCCAUUCUCAGUCUGAUUCACGGUGAAUCAUUCACCUAAGUGAGCUUGUAAGAAUGUUGUAAAACUCAUGGACUAUUC